AUGGAGAAUGAACAGAGGGAUAGUGGCUUGUUCACACUCCCUGCAGAGAUCCGAGCUUCCAUCUUCGAACUUGCUUUGACUUCCUACGAUGACCCUACUAAACCGUACCGAGCCGACCGGAAGUACUACCGACCGGACUAUCGUUAUCAUCAGAAGAUCGAUUGCUCUCUGCUGUUGACUUGUAGGAGGGUUUACCGCGAAACCCGUCUCUUGCCCAUCUCGGUCAACGAGCAUGUUUUUUGGCUGUUCAAUGGUCCAUGGAAAUCCACUUCCAGCAAUAAUCGUAAUACGGCUCGAUGGACUCCCUGGUAUCACAGUCUGGGCGAGGACCAGAAAAACGCAAUACAAACAGUUCACAUCUUCACCCAACAGUAUUAUUUGGAGAACCUAUUGACAACAGACGCCUGGCAGUUCUCUUUCGGAACGCCCUGCCUUCAUUUAACGCUUCGCCACGCUGACUGGUGGUCCUGGGAGUCUCCCCUCGGUUCCAGUGACUGUCUAGGCAUCUGUCCAUGGCGUCCUGAUCGAACCUCUUGUCAGGAGAUGCUUUCUGAGCCUCCUGAGCCAAGUCUAACUUACAUCAACGAUCACAUGAGUGAACGAACUUGGGGAGGAGCAGUAUGCAGAAUCAGAGGGUUGAGAAAGUUGGUCAUGGAAUUUGAGACCGACGAGCGCAAAAAGUCGCAAUUACAGGUAGUUGUCGAAAGAGCCAAGCACUGGAUAUUCCCAUUAGUAAAAGAAGAUUUCAUUCUCGAGUGGACGGGCGAGCUGGAUGAAUCCUCUUGGGAGGGCGUGCGAGACCUCAAGGAUGACUACCAGUUCAAGAACGAGCAGCCUAUGCGAGCGGACGUCCUAAAACGGAGGUAUUACGUGGUGAGGAUGACUUGGAGAGCCCUAAAGAAUACCAUAUGA